ACAAAACACAAAUCAUUAUUACUGAUAAGAAUUCACUCAUAGACAUUGGAUAGUCAUUAAAGUUUGAUACAUUUGACUUGGCAUCAAAUUGUAUUCAUAUUCACUUAUGUUUUAGUAGCUGACACUUGAAUGAAAUAUAGUUUUAUUCAUUUAAUAUUUGUUUUACGAAUCGUAAAUUGCGAUUAAUGCUAUUUUAUUUUAAUUGGAGUUUUAUUUGUUAAUUUUAUUGAAUUAAAUUUUAUCAAAUUUAAAAAUGAAUUCAAUCGGCCCGUGUUCACCGAAACUUCGGCGACAACCUAACGCUGGAACCAAUAAUUUGCCGCCAAUUCUGUUUCACUCAAUUCAUGGCGAAAACAUACGGCUGUCGUCCGACUCGACAGUCGCGCACCGGAACGACAGCUUUUGUAAAGGCAUUUGUUUCAGCAAUCGUCCGAUUCGUGUAAACGAAAGGGUUUGCAUUAAAUUCACCGAAAUCUCGCAGAGUUGGAGCGGAGCUAUUCGUUUCGGCUUCACAGCCAACGACCCCAUCAACUACCGGUCCUCCCUUCCCAAGUACGCCUGUCCCGAGUUGACUAACAAACCCGGCAAUUGGGCCAAAGCUUUGGGCGAGAGAUUUGCGGUCAGAGAUUAUGUACUAUUUUUCUACGUGUCUGAAACGGGAGACGUCCACUACGGCAUCAACGGUGAAGAGCGCGGCGUAUUCUUCAGUGGCGUAUCGACUAACUGUCCCCUUUGGGCAUUGAUUGACAUUUACGGAAAUACAGUUGAAAUUGAAUCGGUAGACCCCAGACAACAGGUUAACUGUCGGCGCAAUAGCUUCGAAGUCGAGAAUAUUAUUCCGAGUCUUUCAACGAUUGACAUAAACCGAGAAAACCGGGAACCACUGCCUCAGGUCUAUAGGGAUGCCAACUUCCAGUCCUUACCAUUCCAUAAGACUAAGGGAUGCAAUAUUAGACUCUCUAAUGAUAGAUGUAUUGCCGAACGGAAUAACAGUCACUACUGUCAGGGAUAUGUCUUUUCUGAGCGACCGUUACGUUUGGGUCAAAAGCUUGUGCUUCAAGUUUUACAAACCGAUGAACUCUACGCCGGAAGUCUGGCCUUUGGACUGACCACUUGUGAUCCAUCAACUGUUAAUAGCAAUGAUUUACCUGAAGAUCCGCACCAACUGUUGGAUAGAUCUGAGUAUUGGGUUGUCAUUAAAGACGUGGCGAACGCACCGCAAGCCGGCGAUGAGUUGGCCUUUAAGAUCACAGAGAAUGGUGAGGUCCAGAUGACUAAGAAUAGACAGCCCGUCCAGACUCUUAUGCACGUGGACUCCACACAACGCAUGUGGCCUUUCUUUGACCUCUACGGCAGUACUAUUAAAGUGAAAGUUUUGGACUCGUUGAAUGCAAUCGGCAAUGAGUGCAAUGUCUGCUACGAACAGCCCAUUAACAGCGUUCUCUAUAUGUGCGGACACGUGUGUAUGUGUUAUGAAUGUGCAGUCAAGCAAUGGCGAGGACCGGGACAGUGCCCUAUAUGCCGAGCCGUCAUCCGAGAUGUGAUUCGCACGUAUUGGUCAUGAUUUGUCACUUAAUAGACCAUUAAAUCAAAUUGAAAACAAGCGUUGAUUUGUGCCUAAAGUACUAAAAGUAUUAAGACUUCAAUUGCAACGACUCUUACGGAGAACUCAUUACGACAUUUGAUUUUCAUUGUAAACCUAUUUUACUCUUUUUAUAAUAAUUGAACGGAUGUCCCAAUUCUGAGACAUUAAGUCAUUUAUAGCACAUAUUAAACUUGAUUUUCAUUACUAGUCAUUCAUCACAAGAAUUUCAUAUAAAUAUUACAAAAUUACAAAAUUUUUAUAAAUUGAAAUUGUAUUUUAAU